AGUGACCACCUGUUUGGACAAAAGUACUGGUUUACCCCCAAAUAAAAUUGCUUCGGUCGGUUUCCAAAAAAAUUAUAACACAUGAUCAAUAUUAAAGUGCCCUAUUGUGUGUGAACUGAUAAUAUAAAAGGUCGUUUUUACAGAACAAAACGGUUACUUGUUUUUUCUUAAUAAUAAUACAAAAUGACCCUUCUGGCAAAGUCUUGAUCCCUUGAAGCAACUGAAUGAAUAUCGUUUUGACGUGUAACAGAGAUAUGCAGACGAGAGUAAUUAAGAUCUGCCUUGUUUCACUGCUACUUAUAUCCCACGUGGUUGCUCUUCAGUGGUUAGCUAUUGGCAAGAGACAAAUGAUGUGGAAUAAGAAAGCUCAUUGUACACACGCCCGAAGACAGAAACUCCUGCAGGGCAAUCAAGGGAGACUGUGUAAGCGUAACAUGGAAUUUAUGCCUUUGAUCAUUAAUGCUGCCCGGGCAACAAUGAAAACAUGCCAAGAAACAUUUGCAGACAGGCGAUGGAACUGUUCUUCUAUAGAUUUUGUCCCUAACUUAAUGCACGAUCUAACCGCAGGUACCAGAGAGCAAGCCUUUGUGUCUUCAUUGGCAUCUGCCGCUGUUGGUCACACUAUAGCGCGCGCCUGCAGUAUGGGAUCACUUCUUUCCUGUGGUUGUGGGCGCGUCCCUCGUGAGCCACCUAACGGAGCUUUCAAGUGGGGUGGGUGUGCUGACAAUCUACGUCAUGGAUUCAAGUUUGCACGCUCGUUUUGUGACAGUCCUUGGAGGCAGAAGAAUAGGACAGAGACAACUGAAGCGAUUAUGAACAGACAUAACAAUAAAGCAGGAAGGCGGAUAGCACGUACCAGUGUAAUCACACAGUGUAAAUGUCAUGGUGUGUCUGGAUCUUGUAAUAUUAAGACAUGUUGGAGAGCAUUACCUAAACUCUUGGAGGUUUCGGAAUUUCUGAAAAGAAAGUAUUAUAUCGCAACGGAAGUCGUUAGUCAGUGGAGAGGGAAACGACGAAAACUAAUUCCAGCUAAUAGUCAAAUGGGAAUGUACGGAAAGAACGAUCUCAUUUUCAUCACCAAGUCACCAGAUUAUUGCCUACCAAAUCCAAAAGUUGGUUCUUUAGGCACCAGAGGGCGGUUAUGCAACGGAAGCUCGAGCGGUACGUAUGGCUGUGAUUCCAUGUGUUGUGGGCGGGGCUUCACAAUAGAAACCAUUGAGAAAUUAGAACGUUGUCACUGUAAGUAUUAUUGGUGCUGUUACGUCAAAUGCAAAGCUUGUCGCAUCUGGGUUCAACAACAAAAGUGUUACUGAGAGAUAGAUUAAACAUCAAGUACACAAAAUCUGUAACUCGGAGAAAAGUACAACAACGACAGCCAUUACUAUGUCAAUUGCACGAUCUGGCUUUAACAUCAUAGGUGUUAACAAGCUACUUCACUGCACUGAAGAUACGACUUUCAGUAUCGUGGGUAUAAGGAGGCAAUAUAUUAAACCCACGACCAUUACGUUACAUGCUAAAUACUGGCCUCAACAUUACGUUCCUAAGAAAUAAACAUGAAACAAUUUCUUGUUAAAAUCAUUACCUGUCUUAAAUAUCAGAGCAGUCCCUAAACAGCAUAUUGUCACGAAACUCUAAAUUUAGGUCAUGACUUCAGGAUUAAAUCUGAUAUAAACAGGGGUUCACUUAACUGGUUCGCAGGUACGCAUGCGCAGCCGAAAUAAUUAAUACGUACUUAAAAGAUGCUAAAAAGGCGCAAUGGCGUACCAUCACAACAGAGGUUCUUUCUGGUAGCAUGGUUUUAUUCCCCACUUCGUAUAGGUAACAUAUACUUUGAUUUUGAUAUCUGAAAAUUGUUCAAAACUGAGUUAUUAACUUACUGUGCUAACGAGUUGGGUAAGCUGAAUAAUAACCUAAUAAAUAAUAAGAACAAUUUUAUAUCGACUAGUUCUAGAUCUAGGUCUUGCUAGUUCAAUAUGAACUUGUUGGCGAGUUGGAUGGAGAUGACUCAUUUCCGUGAGUAUCAACCAUUUUUGCUGGUACUUAUUUGAGAACCUGAUAUGAAAAAUUAUGUGAACCUCUGAUUAUAAAUACCGUGGGACCAUUACUUCUUUAAGUUUAGAGCCUGACUUCAAUGUUACAGAAGCCACUAAGUAACAAACUAAGAUCACUCUCAAGUCAAAAUCACGAUCUGACUACCACAUUAAAUGAAUUAUUAGCUAACAUACUCGAGCCUGUGCAUGACCUAGUUUCAUCAUUGCAGAAGUCACCAGGUAACAAACUCGAGCCUGUACAACGUAAAGUGCAGGACCUAGUUUCAUCAUUACAGAAGUCACCAGGUAACAAACUCGAGCCUGUACAACGUUUAGCGCGGGACCUGGUUUCAUCAUUACAGAAGUCACUAAGUAACAAACUCGAGCCUACAGCGUAAAAUGCAGGACCUGGUUUUAGCGUUACAGAAGUCACUAAAGUAAAAAACCCAAGUCUACAACGUAAAGUGCAAGACCUGGUUUUUUUCAGCAUUACAGAAGACACUAGGUAACACACUCGAACUAGUACAACUUAAAGCGUAGAACCUUGUUUCGGCAUCGUAAGCGUCACGAGGUAACGUAUUGAAAACACUACUUCAUCAACUGAAGAAUUCCAGGAGCAGAAUUAGACACCAGUUGGACGAAGAGAGAAGCUUCUCAAAUUCUGACAAAUAAAAGAAGUCCUCUGAUUUGGUACAGUAAAUGGAUGACUUACUUUUCCAUAUUAUUUAAACAACGAGAUUUGUAUUACGUAAACGAUAUGAAAAUGCUGGUUUAUGAUAUGAUGUGUAUUGAUAGAUGUACAGAAUUAUCGUUUAACUAAUUUGAACCAGCUUUGUUGUAUGUAAAA